GGUUUAGCCUGUUUGGAUCCUCCAUAAAUACAUGCUCCCGAGGUCUUGGAUGUAACACAGCUUCCACUAAACCUCUGCAGGAGCCAGACUGUUGCAAAAGCUCCGUUUGCAGCAGUCCCUUCUUUCCGGCAGGGUUUUGCUAUUGUGGCAAGUGUCUCUGCAGCGCGGUCGUGCAGCAUGCUAGAUCCUGAGGGCAGUGUGGAGCACAAGCCUUCCUCUUCCUUCCCCAAAGUUUUUCUCAUCCCUCUAGCCAUGCUCCUUGCAAUUGCAGCACUCCUGCUCUUAGCAUUCUCCGCUACGCAGCAGAAAGAGACUGAUUUUUACACUUUCAAAGUUGUAAACAUCAGGGGCAAAUUAGUCUCUCUGGAGAAGUACAGGGGCUCGGUGUCCUUAGUUGUCAACGUUGCAAGUGAAUGUGGGUUUACAGAUAGCCACUACAAGGCCUUGCAACAGUUACAGAAAGACCUCGGUCCCUAUCAUUUCAACGUGCUGGCGUUCCCAUGCAAUCAGUUUGGGCAGCAAGAACCAGGUACUAACAAAGAAAUUGAGAGCUUUGCACGAAAGACUUACGGUGCCUCCUUUCCUAUGUUCAGCAAAAUCGCAGUCAGUGGAGCUGGUGCAAUUCCUGCCUUCAAGUACUUAAUUGAUUCUACAGGAGAAGAACCAACCUGGAACUUCUGGAAAUACCUGGUAGGCCCCAAUGGGAAAGUUGUAAAGGCCUGGGACUCUACUGUCUCUGUUGAAGAAAUAAGACCUUAUGUUACAGAACUUGUAAGGAAAAUCAUCCUGAAGAAAAAAGAUGAAUUAUGACUUUCAAAAAUCCCAGCAUGCCAAUUACAUCUUCAUUGAAAAUUAGGACCGGACUUUGACUUUUCACAUUCCAAAAGUGGGAGUACGCGGAAGGGAAAACAAGACCAGUGAAAUCUAUGUUCACCAUCCUCAGAAUGUAAAACAACAAAAAGUAAUUUAAAUGCAAAAGUAAUUUAAAAUUAUCUAUCUCCAACUGAAUUCUAUUUUACCUUUCCGAGAAGGAAGACCUCAUCAGCAAUUGUUUCUUUCCCAACUCAAAUUAUUGAUCGUUGAUAACACUACUACCAGAAGUCACUUAAUGUAUCUCAAAAAAAAAGGCUCAUAAUAAGAAUUUUCUGACUGGGGUCUCAUUAACAUCUACAAUUCUGUUAUCAUAUUUUGAUUGUGAACUGAAUGAAAAAAUAAAGAGUAAAAAAUGCACGAUUGAUUUAAGGCAUGUAUUAGGAAGAAGGCCAAAUCAGAUUCCUUCAAAUCAGGCAGACUUACACAAAUAUAUGUUUUUCCAAAGUUUACGUUUUUCUAAAGUCUGGUAUGCUUACCAAAGUCAAACACAUUUAAUUUCAUCUGCCAGGAAAGUCAGUUGUUAAGGUCAUGAGGAAAACACAUCUAUAAAACUUAAUUGAAAGAAAUAUGAAAACAAACCCUCUGAAAAAAAAUCUCCAAAAGCUAUAAGGAGAUUUUUGCAUUUUUUUCAUCCAGUAAAGAUUAUUAGAUGAUAUUUGAAUAGCCAUUUGGACAUCUAUAGCAUCAAAGCCUGUAAGAAAUGGCUAUUGCUUUUUUCUAUUAGCUUUUUGGCUUAGAAGACUUACUCUUAUCUCCUACAAUUGAUGUUAAGUUUAUUUUUCAAUUUACAAUCCCAUCUGAUUUUUCUGCAUGUGCAGGUAAACAUUAGAGAAUCAACAUUUUUCUGUGGAAAUAAUUUUUCAAAUGUCUGAUUGUUGCAUAAUGUUACAUUAUUUAAUGUUAUGUUAAUGUUAUAAUUAUUUAAUGGUACCCUUUUCAAAUGUACACUCAGGCAUCUGCUCAGACUUCAGACUGCAGCACUUCUUAGCUCAUACUAAAAUAAUAACACUAAUAAUUACAGCUUCAUUGUUCUUUGACAGAAGGUCUUUAAAAAUCUUGUCAGCAAGAACUCUUUUUCUCUCAGUAAAAACACAAUAUACAGGUCCCUUGCUUUUAACCCCAGGAAGAAUCUAGUCCUGUGCAAUGGCAGCGUUAUUGACAAGUGAAAGCUUUUUUGAUGCUUUGUAAUGCUUUUUAAAGUAGCACAAACAAUAUUUGUCCAUAUAGUUGUCAGGGCCCAAGUGCAUAAAUAAGCCCUAAUUGCUCUGACCACAGUAUGAACUUAUUCCAACCCAUCACUGCCAUUACAGCUCUUCGGCAUCCAAACAGGCUCCAGCUGUAAUCAAAGGCAAAUGUUAUGGCACACACUGGCUUGCAGAAAAGAAGGGGAAAGAUUACUGAAGAAUUAUUGGAAAUAAAAGAGCUAAUUUUAGAGUACCUUAUAGUUCCCAUGCUUGAGCAGCUGCUCUCUGCUAAGGUCCUGGGCAUGUUCUGUAGACCACCCCAAGGAAAUAAGAGCUAAAGAUACUUUAAGGUUUGAAGAAAGGCCUUGAAGAGCAGAGAUUGUAUGGUACAAAGCAAGCUUUGCCUGAAAGAAACUGAAAGCAACCUUUUAUUAUUAUUUGUAGGAAAACAAAACAAACACAGCAGGAGAAAAUAAAAGGAUGAGGUAACAGAAGUACAAAACAAAAGCAAAAGGAGAGAUCAAGUAAGAAGGGAGAAAUGAGAAGGAAAUGAAAACACAGUUUAUAGUUGGACUCUUGAAGACAAAUAAGAGAUGGAAGUUCAAGUCGUAUUGAAACUAAUGAUUAUGUUCCAAGCCGUGUCAGCUAUUUCUCACUUGGAGUGUAACUUAAGAGUGCAGCAAAUCAGUGCCAGUGGCAGUUUUCCUCUGAUGGAGAGGAAAGUGGACUCUACCGCCCAUUCAGUCAUUUAGCUGGUUCUUAUAUGAAUUGUUCUAAGACAAUUACUACAAAGGAAAGUCCCAAAGAGAGCAAGAUCAGACCCAACUGUUCCUGUGCUGGGAUAGAGAAUCCAACUAGUAGAAAAUGAGGUCUUUUAUGACUCUGUAGACUGUUUAUCUUUUCUCUGUCCAUUGAUGCUAAUGCAAUGUCCCAACAUGCUCUUAGCAGGUGCUGUAAGCCAUAAAAUAAUAUUCUCUGUAGAAAGCAUAUUUCUGGCCCGGAUGAGCCCAGACCAUACUUUGCAAGACAUUUUAAGACCUCUCUAUUUCAUUUUAGGGUGGCCAACUUCAAUCAGAGCUCUGGAUUUAUGUAGAUAUGAUCUUGUAUUCUCUAUUAGACAAAUACUUUUGUCUAAAGAGAUAUAAUGGCAAUGAUCAGUUGGAAAGGGUUCUCACUAAAGAGACAAAUAUUGUCUGGGUUGCUUUUAAAGGCAUUAUGAAGCACAAAAAAAGGUUUCACUUGUCAAUAAUACUGCAGUUGGGCAAGACUAGGUUCAUCUUAAAGUAUCCUGGGGUUAAGACAAAGGGACCUGUGUAUUGUGGUUUAGUUGAGAUAAAAAUAAUUCUUGCUGUCAAGAUUUUCAAAAGGUUUCUGUUACAGAACAAUGAAGCUGCAAUUGUUGGUGUAAUUAUUUUAGUAUGAGCUAAGAAGUUCUGCAGUCUGAAGUCUGAGCAGAUGCCUGAGUGUUAUGAAUAACUUAAUACUGAUGACUAUUGGAGUUGGUGUUGUUCUUAACAGUUUGGCAAUUUAAAGGGAAUUGGGUAAUUAUUACGUAUGCAAGCUUUGAAAUCUGAACAGGCACAUGAUUUUAAGGACAUGGAUACUUUCUUUAAAGUUAUCAGAAACAUUUUUGUGAUUAAAUGAAACGUGGCAUACGUUCUAUCCGUUGUCACAUUGGAAUCCUA